AUGGGCUGCGACCAAUCGAAACAACAAGAUGUCUCAUCAUCAAAGAGAGAAAAAACAACUACUGCCAACAACAAUCAAAAUUCGGGACAAGCACCAUCAAAUCAAACAACUCCAUCCACUCACCAAAAUAAUCAAAAUACACCACAUUCAAAUCCACUAACGGCAAAAACUGGCAAUCAAACCAAUGAUGAUCCGACGGUUGCAAAAUCUGUGGCUGAGAGUUGGACUGAUUUUCGGAUGAAAGAACGAGAAAUGUUUGACAAAAUUUUGAACAAAACCACUAAAAAGUUUAUUUAUGUGAGUCAUAGUCCUAACCUUAUGGGAGGAGGAGAUUAUGACAAUAUGUAUAACGGAGAAGAGGAAGAACCAGAAAAUGAAGAACGAAUGAAACAAGUGGAUAAAUUACUGAAAGACUCAAAUAUUUUCUCUGUUCCGAUAUCUGAUUCAAUAGAUAACCAAGGAGUGAUUGAAUAUAUCAUAAAAACAUCAUCGAACAAUGGCUCGGAUCAAACAUCGACGAAUCAUGAUGAUACUGAUAUUACACUUAUAAAAAGAAUUGAAGAGUUGACAGUCAACGCUUUAAAGAAUGUGAAAAUUAACGAACAACUCAUUGGAGGAGAAUUAGUCGUUCAACUUCCAACUCUUGGUGCAGAAUCUGAAUAA